AGGUGCUUUCGUACUAUAAGCGCUACUAGGCAUGUGACUGUGUUCGUGGUUCCAAUACUAUUCAAUCUUUUUGAGAAACAUUUCUUGUUUUCACAUAAUUGUUUAGGCCUUGUUCGGAUGACUGCUCGGUUACGGAUGAAACGGCUCGGUCUGGGCGAACUUACCAAAAUCCCAGCAGUUUCAGAGGCUGCAGCUCUUGAACAGGCAUCUGACUUUGUGCAACAACUUGUUCUGUUCACAUAUUCCUUAGGCGUCUUUUGGGGCUACUAUAUUUAUACAAAAGUUAGUACUCCAGAAACGCUCAAAGUGUACGAGUUUGAAGAAUUCAGGGAAGAAAGUGAAAAAGUUAUAGGAGAUUUGCAACUAAGGGUUGAGCAACUCGAAGCCGCUCUUAAAAAUCGUGGUAUAAAGAGCCUCUUUAGAUUCCCUGUUAUCAGUCCUCCAGCAGUUGACAACAAGGAUACUCACUCUACUAGUCAAACUAAUAAAGAAGAAACAACACAAGAAAACCAGCCAAGUCAACUUCCCGAAACCCCGUUUCCCACGAGUGUCGUCAUUACCCGUGGACACCGCCUCCAAUGUAUUGCUCAAAGACUCCUAGGUGGCGAGGAGUUCCUUGUUGUGCGAUCCGGAACAUCUGUCGGCAUUGAACCGGUGGCGCUGCAUCGAAGUAGGGGUGUCGAGCUCGUGUUUCGUGAGAAACCGUCCUUCUCGAAAUCGCAUCCAAGCGGAAUUGUAGGAUUAGCAGAAAAUUGUGUAACGUUUCUCUUAGGGGGUCGAUCAGAGUGA